ACAAUCGCCCGCAGCCGGUUCAGUAGUCGAGCAAACAUCAAGACGCAACCAUACUCCACCUAGCAGUUCUUCCACUCACGUGUUGUAUAUUGUUAAUCGUGAAUGUUCGUUUGGCGAAACGACGCGAAGGAUGGGAAUAUUUCGCGAAUUUCCGAUAGUUUUCAAUCUCUACAAGAAGUACAGUUAGCUUUCAUUUAUUUCCGAAACAAACUUUCCUGGUGAUUAAGAAAUAGACGCCAAAUCCUCCAUUACACUAACAUCAAGGUGAUAUAUUCCGAGUAUAUUCCCUGAGGGAAGAAAGCUUUACGUGAAGACAGAAAAAUAGCAUCGAUCUCUGAUCACAGAUAGGUAUUAAACAUAUUCUCCGAACAUCGUGCUAAAAUGUCACAGACGUCUGAGAUCAUGGAACAGAAAGAUGGCCUAAAGAGGAAACCAACUCUCGUUAGACGAGUGUCCGAUAUGUUUAAGGAUGGAAACUACAGCGGGCCACCGAUGUUAUUCCGACACGCGUCGAUGCAGAAGAUUCGCCAUUGUUGUCAGAAUCUCAAUCUGUUACCAUAUCUUCUCUAUUCUUUCGAUAAUUCCAAGUCGCAUCCUCUAGCGCGCAAAGUGCACGUCUAUCUCAGCCAUUUUCUUCAGGAGAUCACGAUCAGUCUCCUGAUCACGUACGAGAAUUUGCGUCUAUCUGUGCUACAUGAAAUCCGCAUCAAGAAACCAGCCGAAGUGCAAAAAGCAAUUCCAGAAGCGAAUAACGAUUCUACUAAACUUGUCGCAAGGUUCAACAAGUUUAAAAAGCCGAAGCGCAAACACUCAUGCUAUUUAACUGUGGCCGUGUAUUUUGUUCCGUUGCUGCUCGUCUUUCAAAUGACGGCCUUAUGUAGUCUGACGAUUUUUGGCAAGUAUACCCCUGGUUUCAUCUUCCUGGUCACCUCAGUGCUCUUCCUCGGCGGUAUCGCGCUUAAAAUACUGUUACACGGUGCUGUGCUGCACGGCAUCAAGAAUUGUGAGAGAAAAAGAGGGCAGUGAUCUUCCGUCGUUUUCACCGUUGCUUCGUCAUCUAAAGACAAUAGAACAGAGAAGACCGCAUUCGGAGUCCGCAUUUGCGUGUUUCUCAUGUUACACGAUAUCAAAUAUUACCUUCUGUGCAUAACGACAGAACAUUAACAUAUGUUGACGCAUUCGCAUUGGUAAAACUUCGAUAACUUCUUCCAUCUUGACGUAGCUCUUCCUUUUUCACAUAAUUUCCGAUCAUCGGUUUCAUAUAUGUAUUUCAUAUAUUUUUUCUUUUUUAUACUUGUUAAAAUUAAGCUGAAAAUGUAUAGAAUACACUGUAAAGAAGACAUUUUUAUAAACUAUAUAUAAUGUAUAAAUGCAAUAAUGUAUUUUUAAGCGGAAGCACAAUCUUAAUUGUUCUCUCGGAGGACUGUUUGCAUUCUACGACUUGAUGACGCAAGUAUUGCGAGUGUCUUUAUCUGUAAGACUGAGAAUUAUUUUUUAAUAUAUGUUUGUAAAUAAACGUGCGAAUGAUAUAUGUGUAUGUAUAUAAAAAAGAUGGAUUUGUAAAACUAUCUCUCGAUUUGUUGCGACAAGAAGAAACGGAUAGGACCCUGAUGUGGCCAUUGAAAGUUACUCUAAUCUAUAAUGAUGUGGACAAAAGUGAUAUUUCACAGACAAUACCACUUGCAAUAUCACUUAAUUACACAUGAUAAGAGUUAUUUUAUGCGUAUAGAUUCAUGCCUUUAGCAAUCAUAUCGAUAUUGAUUUUUAUGGAAAAUAAAAAAAUCGAUAAUACUUU